CCCCCCUUACAUCGGUUCUGGGUUCAGGGUGAACGACUGUGUGAGGGGACCAGGCCCGGCCGGCGCCCCAGCGGACGCGGUCACCGAGCCCCUGCCGGGAGAACGACGAGUCGCGAAGAGGCCGCGGGGACGGGCCGAGCCGAGCCGGGAAGCGCCUGCUGUGAGCUGGGAUUAGCUUGGCCACGCUGAGGCGGCGGCGGCGGCGACUCCUCGCUAAGCUUCACCAAGACCCAGGCUGCCCUGAUCCCGGCGGCGGCCAGCCAUUUUUGACUGAAAUGGUGCAAAUGACACUGAAGUGGGGGCAGAAUGAAAGAAAAAAUGAUAAUAUUGGACUUGUGGGUGAAAAAUGACUGAGAAUCAAACCCUGGUUUAUGGAUAAUGGCCCAAGCAGCAACGCCAGCAUUGUCAGUCCAUGAUGAGGACUCCUCUGAAAGCAGAAUGGUGGUUACAUUCCUCAUGUCAGCACUUGAGUCAAUGUGUAAAGAACUUGCGAAGUCCAAGGCAGAAGUCGCCUGUAUUGCUGUGUAUGAAACAGACGUGUUUGUAGUUGGAACUGAGAGGGGGAGAGCUUUUGUCAAUACAAGGAAAGAUUUUCAGAAGGAUUUUGUUAAAUACUGUGUGUCUGAAGAGGAAAAGGCAGCUGAACUGCAGAAAACAAAGACUACGUCACUUGCAAACAGGCUAACAGUGGAUAUUGUAGAAAUGGAAGCUCUCCGAAAGUCUGUAGAGGAUUUCUUCUGCUUUUGUUAUGGUAAAGCUUUAGGGAAGUCAACGGUAGUCCCUGUACCAUAUGACAAGAUUCAAAGGGACCAGUCUGCCGUGGUAGUGCAGGGCCUUCCUGAAGGACUUGCAUUUAAACAUCCAGCAAAUUAUGAUGUGACAACACUGAAAUGGAUUUUGGAAAACAAAUCGGGGAUCUCAUUUGUGAUCAAAAGGCCUUUCCUAGAGCCAAAGAAACACCUAGCUCAUGUGACUGUUACAGGUUCUACACGCACAGUUACAGCACCAAGUGGAAGUGGCCCUCCUGUUAAAGUAAAAACAGAACCAAAUGAGGAUUCUGGAAUUUCACUAGAGAUGGCAAAAGUAACAGUAAAAGAGGAAUCAGAGGAUCCUGACUACUAUCAGUAUAAUAUUCCAGCAGGCCCUUCAGAAACAUCAGAAAUUGAUGAAAAAAUUGCUCUUGCAAAGAAGUACACAGGAAGCCACCAGGGUUCCGAUUGCAGUGAAGGAACAGAUGUGGAAAUACCAGUAGAAGAUUCUUCUCAGCAUGCCCCUUCUGAAACAAGUGAGGACCCUGAAGUUGAGGUCACCAUCGAAGAUGAUGAGGACUACUUACCACCCAACAAGAGACCAAAGAACACUGAGUCAGCAAAUGAGUCUUCCAGUGCUGGGAGAAGAAAAGUGAGAGAAUUCAAUUUUGAGAAAUGGAAUGCCCGAAUUACAGACUUGAGAAAGCAGGUUGAAGAAUUAUUUGAAAGAAAAUAUGCUCAAGCUAUAAAAGCAAAAGGUCCAGUGUCUAUCCCGUACCCACUUUUCCAGUCGCAUGUAGAAGACUUGUAUGUGGAAGGACUUCCGGAAGGAAUUCCCUUCAGGAGGCCAUCUACCUAUGGGAUCCCACGCCUUGAGAGGAUACUACUGGCCAAGGAACGGAUACGGUUUGUGAUUAAGAAACAUGAGCUUUUGAAUUCAACACGAGAAGAUGCACCGCUGGACAAACCAGCUGCAGGAGUGAAAGAAGAGUGGUAUGCCCGAAUCACCAAAUUAAGGAAGAUGGUAGAUCAACUUUUCUGUAAAAAAUUUGCUGAGGCCCUAGGAAGCACUGAGCCAAAAGCUGUCCCAUACCAGAAAUUUGAGGCACACCCCAGUGAUCUGUAUGUGGAGGGUCUGCCAGAGAACAUUCCAUUUAGGAGUCCAUCCUGGUAUGGAAUCCCUCGACUGGAAAAGAUUAUUCAAGUGGGCAACAGAAUAAAAUUUGUAAUCAAAAGGCCAGAACUACUAACUCUCAGUCCAGCAGAAGUUACUCAACCAAGAUCAAAUACGCCAGUCAAAGAAGAUUGGAAUGUCAGAAUCACAAAACUAAGGAAGCAAGUGGAAGAGAUAUUUAAUCUGAAAUUUGCCCAAGCCCUGGGGCUUUCAGAGGCUGUGAAGGUUCCCUACCCUGUGUUUGAAUCGAACCCUGAGUACUUGUAUGUGGAAGGCUUGCCAGAAGGAAUCCCCUUCCGGAGUCCCACAUGGUUUGGAAUUCCACGCCUUGAAAGAAUUGUCCGUGGAAGUGGCAAAAUCAAAUUUAUUGUUAAAAAGCCAGAGCUUGUCACUUCUUAUUUGCCUGCUGGAUUGGCUAGUAAAGUAAACACUAAAGCAUUGAGUCCAAAAAGCUCAAAGAGAGCAAGAAGUCCUGCAAGCAAUUCAAAGGUUCCAGAGAUUGAGGUGACUGUUGAAGAAGGUCCUAAUAAACCACAAACAACAGAUGUUCGAACUAAUUCUCAAACCAAUGGAUCCAAUAUGGGCUUCAAGCCACGAGGAAGAGAGUUUUCUUUUGAGGCUUGGAAUGCCAAAAUUACUGACCUAAAACAAAAAGUUGAAAAUCUUUUUAAUGAAAAAUGUGGGGAAGCUCUGGGGCUUAAGGAUCCUGUCAAGGUCCCAUUUGCAUUAUUUGAAUCCUACCCAGAGGAUUUCUACGUGGAAGGACUACCUGAGGGGGUGCCAUUCCGCCGACCAUCUACUUUUGGCAUUCCAAGAUUAGAGAAGAUCCUGCGAAACAAAUCUAAGAUAAAAUUUAUCAUAAAAAAGCCUGAGAUGUUCGAGGCAGCGAUUAAGGAAAGCUCUGCUAAAAGUCCCCAGAGAAAAACCAGUUCAUCCAAUACAUCAAAUACAACAAGCACCACAACAAAGCCAGUAGUGAACACAGCCGCAGGGGUUGAAGAUCUUAACAUCAUUCAAGUGACUAUACCAGAUGAUGAAAGUGAAAGAUUAUCAAAAGUAGAAAAGGCUCGACAACUGAGAGAACAAGUAAAUGACCUCUUCAGCAGGAAGUUUGGUGAAGCAAUCGGUAUGAAUUUCCCUGUGAAAGUCCCAUACAGAAAAAUCACCAUAAACCCUGGCUGUGUGGUGGUGGAUGGAAUGCCUCCUGGAGUGGCAUUUAAAGCUCCCAGUUAUCUGGAGAUCAGCUCCAUGAGAAGGAUUUUGGAAUCAGCAGAGUUUAUCAAAUUUACUGUCAUUCGACCAUUUCCAGGACUUGUGAUUAACAACCAGUUGAUGGCGAAAACUGAAUCAGAAACACCAGCCAAGGCACCAACACCGGCUCCGGCUCCAGCUCCGGCACCAGCACCAGUAGUACAAGAGCCAGCUGAACCAAGCCAAAUAGAAGUAUCUGUAGAAGAUGUAGCAGAAACAGAAGAAAGUUCUCAAAUAAAACAAGAGCCAGAUCCAACGUGGUAGACCUUAUCAAUAUUAGGUCAGAGGCAUGCAGUCCGGAGAAGAGCUUGCUGGGACUGUCCUGAGCUGUGUAAUAUAAUUGUAUAAGAGAAGUACCUUCUAUACAAACCCUUUUUGUACUUUUAGAUAGAAAUGUCUACUUUUUCAGCAGUUCUGUGAAUUGACUUAAAGCAAAGAGCGACUGUAGAUUUGGAAAGGUUGAUUAUAUAUUAUAAGGAUUAAAUUUGAGGCAGCAAUGCUGAAAAAAUGACAGGGAUUAAUUCAGAUUUAAAAAAAAAUCAACAAGAAUUUAGAGGCUGUCUACAUUUCCCAGUAAAGUAGAAUUGUACUGUGCCUGGAUGCAUCUCAGCUUUUGCGAUGAAGAAAAAUACCUACAGUAGUUCAUUAAUUUUCUGUUUUUGGAAAAAAAAUUAAUGAUUUUUGGUUUUUUCUCCUUAAUGGCUGAUUGGACAAUACUAUCUGUAUAUUUGAACUAAUUUUUCCUAUGAUAUCUAUCUCAAUUCAUAUGUUUUUCAUAAAUAAAUAAAAGAUGAACUCAUUCACCUGACCGUUAGUAUGCAUUAAUAAAAUGGAUUAUGAAAUGGUCAGUAUCUCAGUGUGUGGAUGAGGAACAAAUUUAAAUUGAGCCCUUCUGCUAUUUUGUUCCAUUAUUUCAAAGUAAAGAGUGUAUGUUUUAUCAGGGCAUCAUACAGUUUAUGUAAGAGAGAGGUCCAGUCUUGCAGUCCUAAUGCAGGCAAAACUCCCAUUGAUUUAUGUGAGAGUUUUACAUGAGGAUUGCUGGAUGAUGCCCUUUAAUUGGUUUAGAACCAGUUAUGGACACUUAAGUAACUAAGCUGCUGUAAGACCUAGUAUGUUGAGAGUUAAGUUACCUCUAGUCCUUUCUGAUUGCUCCCCACUUCUUGUAAAAGACAAAUGUAAGCGUUUUAAAAUUUAACGAACCAUAAGAGAUGUAAAAUGCUGGCUAUGUGAUAAGCUCUAUAGAGUAAAUAUGGAGUAUUGUAAAAAUUUUCUUUUUGGGGAUGACUGCAUUAUGCACAAAUGGGUAAAUCUUAUUUCCAGGUUGCAGAAAGAAAUAAAUUUCUCAUGGUUUUCACGACUACCCAUGCAGUAUAAAUUGAUGUAUUUUUGCAGCAAAUUGUUUUAGCUAUAAUUUAAAAAAAAAAAAAAGGUAAAAUAUGAUUUAGCGUAUUUAUAAAUUCUGAUUAAAUAAACACAAUCUAUUCAUGCCUUUUUGACACACA